GUCCUUCACUAUGGGACCAGCUUCAGGGUCCCAGCUACUACUGCUGCUGCUGGUGGUGCUGGCCAGCUCCCUCCUGGCUCUGGGGAGCCCCAUGUUCUCCAUCAUCACCCCCAAUGUCCUGCGGCUGGAGAGCGAAGAGACCUUCGUGCUGGAGGCCCACGAGGCACAGGGUGACAUUUCAGUCACAGUCACUGUGCAGGACUUUCAAAAGAAGCAGGUGCUGACCAGUGAGAAGACAGUGCUUACCAGAGCCAAUGGACACUUGAGCAGUCUCUCCAUCAAGAUUCCAGCCACUAAGGAGUUCAAGGCAGAUAAGGAGCACCAGUAUGUAACAGUUGUGGCAAACUUCGGGGCAGCAACAGUGGAGAAAGCAGUGCUGGUGAGCUUCCAGAGUGGGUACCUCUUCAUCCAGACAGACAAGACCAUCUACACUCCGGGCUCCACAGUCCGCUAUCGGAUCUUCACUGUGGACAACAAGCUACUGCCCGUGGGCCAGACAGUCAUCGUCACCAUUGAGACCCCCGAUGGCGUGCCCAUCAAGAGAGACACCCUAUCUUCCCUCAACCAGAAUGGCAUCUUGCCUUUGUCUUGGAACAUUCCAGAACUGGUCAACAUGGGGCAGUGGAAGAUCCGAGCCUCCUAUGAACACUCACCAAAGCAAAUCUUCACUGCAGAGUUUGAGGUGAAGGAGUAUGUGCUGCCCAGUUUUGAGGUCCUGGUGCUACCUGCAGAGAAAUUUUAUUACAUCGAUGAUCCAAAUGGUCUGGAAGUUUCCAUCACAGCCAGGUUCCUGUAUGGGAAGGAUGUGGACGGGACGGCCUUUGUGAUCUUUGGGGUCCAGGAUGGCGAUAAGAGGAUUUCUCUAGCCCACUCCCUCCAGCGUGUGUUGAUCCAGGAAGGUUCUGGGGAAGCAAAGCUGGAGAGAGAGGUGCUGCUGGAUGGAGUGCGUCCCUCCAACGCUGAUGCCCUGGUGGGGAAGUCCCUGUAUGUCUCUGUCACUGUCAUCCUGCACUCAGGCAGUGACAUGGUGGAGGCAGAACACACUGGGAUCCCAAUUGUAACCUCUCCAUAUGAGAUACACUUCACCAAGACGCCCAAAUUCUUCAAGCCAGCCAUGCCCUUCGACCUCAUGGUGUUUGUGACCAACCCUGACGGCUCUCCAGCUAGCCGAGUGCCAGUAGUCACUCAGGGAUCUGAUGCGCAGGCUCUCACCCAAGAUGAUGGCGUGGCCAAACUGAGUGUCAACACUCUCAACAACCGCCAGCCCUUGACCAUCACAGUAAGCACCAAGAAGGAGGGUAUCCCGGACGCGCGGCAGGCCACCAAGACCAUGCAGGCACAGCCCUACAACACAAUGUACAACUCCAAUAACUACCUACACCUGUCAGUGUCUCGCGUGGAGCUCAAACCAGGGGACAAUCUCAAUGUCAACUUCCACCUGCGUACAGACCAAGAGGCCAAGAUCCGCUACUACACCUACCUGGUUAUGAACAAGGGGAAGCUACUGAAGGCAGGCCGCCAGGUUCGGGAGCCUGGCCAGGACCCAGUGGUCUUGUCCCUGCCCAUUACUCCAGAUUUCAUUCCUUCCUUCCGCCUGGUGGCUUACUACACCCUGACUGCAGCCAAUGGCCAGAGGGAGGUGGUGGCCGACUCUGUGUGGGUGGAUGUGAAGGAUUCCUGUGUAGGCACGUUGGUGGUGAAGGGUGACCCCAAAAAUAACCGACAGCCUGCCCCUGGGGAUCAAACAACAAUCCGUAUCGAGGGGAACCAGGGGGCCCGAGUUGGGCUGGUGGCCGUGGACAAGGGUGUGUUUGUGCUGAAUAAGAAGAACAAACUGACUCAAAGCAAGAUCUGGGACGUGGUAGAAAAGUCAGACAUCGGCUGCACCCCAGGCAGUGGGAAAGACUAUGCCGGCGUCUUCACGGAUGCAGGCCUGGCCUUUAAGACAAGUCAAGGCCAGCAGACUGAUCAGAGGACAAAUCUUGAGUGUGCCAAGCCAGCUGCCCGUCGCCGUCGCUCGGUACAGUUGAUGGAAAGGAGGAUGGACAAAGCGGGUCAGUACACUGACAAGGCUCUGCGCAAGUGUUGCGAGGACGGCAUGCGCGAUAUCCCUAUGCGGCUCACCUGCCAACGCCGGGCCCGCUUCAUCUCCCAGGGAGAGAAAUGUGUGAAAGCCUUCAUGGACUGCUGCGACUAUAUCACCAAGCUUCGGCAACAACACCGGAGAGACCGUGUGCUGGGCCUGGCAAGGAGUGAUAUGGAUGAAGACAUAAUUCCAGAAGAUGAUAUCGUCUCUCGAAGCCACUUUCCAGAGAGCUGGCUGUGGACCAUAGAGGAGUUGAAAGAACCAGAGAAAAAUGGAGUCUCUACGAAGACCAUGAACAUCUUUCUCAAAGACUCCAUCACCACCUGGGAGAUUCUGGCAGUGAGCUUGUCAAACAAGAAAGGGAUCUGUGUGGCCGACCCCUAUGAGAUCGCAGUGAUGCAGGACUUCUUCAUUGACCUGCGGCUGCCUUACUCUGUGGUGCGCAACGAACAGGUGGAGAUCAGAGCUGUACUCUACAACUACCGAUGACGAAAACAGCCCUCUUAAGGUGUGAAGGUGAGCCUGUUGCACAACCCAGCCUUCUGCAGCAUGGCCACUGCCAAGAAGAGCUACUCUCAGAUCAUCGACAUCCCCGCCAAGUCUUCUAUAGCUGUGCCUUACGUCAUUGUCCCCUUGAAAAUCGGCCUCCAGGAGGUGGAAGUCAAGGCUGCUGUCUUUGGCCACUUCAUCACUGAUGGUGUCAAAAAGACACUGAAGGUCGUGCCGGAAGGAAUGAGAGUCAACAAAACUGUGAUCAGUAAAACGCUGGAUCCAGAGCAGCUCGGCCAAGAGGGGGUACAGAGAGUGGAAGUGCCCGCUGCAGACCUCAGCGACCAAGUGCCAGACACAGACUCUGAGACCAGAAUUCUCCUGCAAGGAACCCCGGUGACUCAGAUGGUUGAGGACUCUGUGGAUGGGGAGCGGCUGAAACACCUGAUUGUGACCCCCUCGGGCUGUGGGGAGCAGAACAUGAUCGGCAUGACACCCACAGUCAUUGCGGUACACUACCUGGACCAGACCGAACAGUGGGAGAAGUUCGGCCUGGACAAGAGGCAGGAGUCUCUGGAGCUCAUCAAAAAAGGGUACACCCAGCAGCUGGCCUUCAAACAGCCCAGCUUUGCCUAUGCUGCCUUCAACAACCGAGCCCCCAGCACCUGGCUGACAGCCUAUGUGGUCAAGGUCUUCUCUCUGGCUGUCAACCUCAUCGCCAUCGACUCUCAGGUUCUGUGUGGGGCUGUUAAAUGGCUGAUCCUAGAGAAACAGAAGCCAGAUGGUGUCUUUCAGGAGGACGGACCCGUGAUUCACCAAGAAAUGAUUGGAGGCUUCCGGAACGCCAAGGAAGCCGAUGUGUCCCUCACAGCCUUCGUCCUCAUCGCGCUGCAGGAAUCCAGAGAAAUCUGUGAGGGGCAGGUCAACAGCCUUCCUGGGAGCAUUAACAAGGCAGGGGAAUAUAUCCAAGCCAGUUACCUGAACCUACAGAGACCAUACACGGUGGCCAUUGCCGGGUAUGCUCUGGCCCUGAUAAACAAGAUGAAGGAACCUUACCUCGGCAAGUUUCUGAACACAGCCAAAGAUGGGAACCGCUGGGAAGAGCCUGGCCAGCAUCUCUACAACGUGGAGGCCACAUCCUAUGCCCUCCUUACCCUGCUGCAGCUGCAAGACUUCGACUCUGUGGGUCCCGUGGUGCGCUGGCUCAAUGAGCAAAGAUACUAUGGAGGUGGCUAUGGCUCCACCCAGGCCACCUUCAUGGUAUUCCAAGCCUUGGCUCAAUACCAAACAGACGUCCCUGACCACAAGGACUUGAACAUGGAUGUCUCCUUCCAACUCCCCAGCCGCAGCAACCCAGUAAAAUUUCGCCUGCUCUGGGAAACUGGCAGCCUUCUGAGAUCAGAGGAGACCAAGCACAAUGAGGGCUUCACUCUAACAGCCAAAGGAAAAGGCCAAGGCACAUUGUCGGUAGUCACGGUGUAUCAUGCCAAAGUCAAAGGCAAAGUCACCUGCAAGAAGUUUGACCUCAGGGUCACCCUAAGACCAGCCCCUGAAGAAGCUAAGAAGCCUGAAAACGCCCACAACAGUAUGGUCCUUGACAUCUGCACCAGGUACCUGGGAGAUGUGGAUGCCACUAUGUCCAUCCUGGAUGUUGCCAUGAUGACUGGCUUUGCUCCUAACACAGAAGACCUGGAAGCGCUGACCCGUGGAGUGGACAGAUACAUCUCCAAGUAUGAGAUAAACAAACUCACCGACAAGUACACCCUUAUCAUCUAUCUAGACAAGAUCUCACACUCUGAAGAAGAAUGUCUGUCCUUCAGGAUUGACCAGUUCUUUAACAUGGGACUUAUCCAGCCUGGGUCGGUCAAAGUCUACUCCUAUUACAACCUGGAGGAAUCAUGCACCCGGUUCUAUCAUCCAGACAAGGAAGAUGGAAUGCUGAGCAAGCUCUGCCACAAUGAAAUGUGCCGCUGUGCUGAGGAGAACUGCUUUAUGCAACAGUCAAAGGACGAGGUAACACUGAAUGACCGGCUGGACAAAGCCUGUGAGCCUGGAGUGGACUAUGUGUACAAGACCAAGCUCAUCUCGACAGAGCUGUCAAAUGACUUUGAUGAGUACAUCAUGUCCGUCGAGCAGGUCAUCAAGUCAGGCUCAGAUGAGGUGCAGGCAGGGCAGGAGCGCAGGUUCAUCAGCCACAUCAAGUGCAGAGAAGCCCUGAAGCUGCAGGAAGGGAAGAAGUACCUCAUGUGGGGUCUCUCCUCCGACCUCUGGGGGGAAAAGCCCAACAUCAGCUACAUCAUUGGGAAGGACACAUGGGUGGAGCUCUGGCCCGAGGGAGAAGACUGCCAGGAUAUGGAGAACCAGAAACGGUGCGAGGCCCUCGAGGCAUUCACAGAAGCCAUGAUGGUUUUUGGCUGCCCCAACUGACCACACCCAGCCCUCCAAUAAAACUUCAUUUGUAUUCAA